GAUAAGACGAAAACUAUCUAGAGGUAGGUAGGUAGGUACAAGAAAAAAAUAGUUCUGACCUCAACUGAUUUAUCAAUUCCCACCACCAACCCGUGCCCUACGCCGCCCCGUGGCCUGAGCUACCUAUCUUACUCUAAUUUCGAGUAGUAGAUAUCCCCCUCCACGAAUCCAGCCAUGGCCAAGAAGAGAAAAGCCUCUGGCGGCCCCUCCGCGCCAGAGGGUUCCCGCGAGUACGAUCCCGCCGAUGCGAGGCUCGGCCCUAUCAACACCUACGAAGACAUAGCCGACUCGCAGGAAGAAUACUUCCUGAACCAGGACCAGAUCCUCUUUGAAACUGGUCCAAGCUCCAAGAAGCAGAAGCGCCUAGAAGAGGAAGAAGCCUUCCUGGAAAACUCAGAGGAAGAGGUAUUUGCUUCCGACGACCAGAGCGGCGACGACGACGACGAUGAUGACGAUCAGCAAGAUGACUUUGCUCCGAGGCCUACGACGUCCGCGAAGGCGAGAGGCGACGACGACGGCUCCGACCCCGCGAGGGGCGCCGAAGGUGGGGACGAAGGCUGGUGGGGUUCCUCGAGAAAGGAAUACUACGACGCCGACAACCUCGAGACCGAAGCCGACGCUCUGGAGGAGGAGCAAGAAGCCCGGCGGCUGCAGAAGAAGAAGUUGGAGAAGAUGUCGGAGAGCGACUUCAUCUUUGACGAGGCCGAGUGGCUCGCCCCUGACGCCGAGAAAGCGGAUCAGGACAAGGUCGUCACCGAGGUCUUGAAAGACGCCCCCAUCCCCGCCGACAUGGCCCCUGAAGAGAGAUAUCGCCUUCUCCAGACGAGAUACCCGGAGCUGGACUACUUGGCGGACGAACUCCAGGAGCUCCAGCCCCUUCUUGUUACCACCCAGAAGCAGGCCGAAGGGCAACCACCCAAGUCGCUCGCGGUUGUUAAGUAUCGCGUUCUUGGCUGCUACGUCGCUGCUCUCGCCAUGUACUUCGCUACCCUGACAUCGCCGGCUAGGGACGGCAACGGGCCCGCGAAGGCCCUCGAUCCGGCCGAGCUACGUGGCCACGAGGUCAUGGGAACUUUGCUGGAGUGCCGAGGGGCGUGGAAGAGGGUAGAGCACCUCGAGAUUUCGCGGAGAGCGCCGGCGGUUGGCAGUAUGCUAUCGCCGCCUGCAGAAGAGCCCUCGGCGACCGAAGAGGGAAGAAGCCUCGAGACCGAACUCGCAACGAAAUCGAAGAAGGGACAAUCGGCUAAGAAAACCAAGCCUAAGACUUUGCGCAAGGCAAAGGCCAUCGAGGGCGCGCUUGCUGACCUCGAUGCACUUGUCGCUACGACGAGGAAACCGAAGAAGAAGGUCAUUGCCGAGGCUGCUGCAGCACAGGAUAGCGACUCGGACUUCGGAGAAGAAGAGAGCCUCGAUGCGAAAGCGGCUGUCGAAAAGACAGCACGGAGGAAGAGUCUCAGAUUCUACACUUCGCAGAUCGUGCAGAAGGCCAUCCGUCGCGCAGAAGCCGGCAGAGAUGCUGGCGGCGACGUAGAUAUCCCGUACCGAGAGAGGCUCAAGGAUAGGCAAGCCCGCCUCAACGCGGAGGCGGAGAAGCGCGGCCAGCGGGGAUCGAAGGUCGGCGCCGACCUCGGGGAGGCCAGCGACGGAGAGGAUGAGCACGUCGCCAACGCAGUCAGGGGUGGCGAGGACGAGUAUUACGACAUAGUUGCCGCCGCCUCGAGCAAGAAGAAGCAGGAGAAGGCGUCGAGGGCGGCCGCCCUCGCGGCAGCUAGCAGCACAGACCGGGUCGUCGAAACCGAGGAGAUCGGCGAGGACGGCAAGCGCAAGAUCUCGUACCAGAUAGAGAAGAACAAGGGGCUGGCGCCGAAGCGGAAGAAGGACGUGAGGAAUCCCAGGGUGAAGAAGAGGAAGGCGUACGCGGACAAGCUGAAGAAGCUGAGGAGCAUGAAGCCUGUGUACAAGGGCGGCGAGGGCCGCGGCGGAUAUGGAGGAGAGCUGACAGGUAUCAAGACCGGCUUGAUAAAGAGCGUCAAGCUAUAGGGUCUGUUCAUAAUAGCAUUGAGUUUCUGAAUUCUUUAUCCUCUACAACAUCAGCCUCCCCCUGAACAGACCAGUCGUCACCCAGCCUUGUAGUACUCCUUGCCCUGUCUAUAUCCUGUCCUGUCUCAGUCUAUACUCUGCUGAUUCU